AUGCAGUCAAGCGCUAGCGCCGCGGUGUGCGGUUCAGCAACCGUUGGGGAUCCCAGUUCGCGGCGAAUCAGUUUCAUUCUUACACGAAGAGGAUCCCUGGGACUUCAGGAACUCUGUACGGCGUGGGUAGGAACGGCACGCUCUAUCCACGGAACGUGGAUCUAUCCUGACGGGAGCGGAUCGAGCGUCACGGAGCGAGCCUCAGCGGACCGACGGAAAACCGGAGCGGUCAGCGAAAGUGCUGUUCACAGCAACGACUGGUUUGAAGAAGCCACCCAGGUCACCCAUACAAUCGUCACUGAGCUUCUACCCGCGCGCUUUGAGAUAGCACACGGCGCUCGCUUAUUGUGUGCGAUAGCGACUGGCCACUGGAUCCUGCGGGCAUCAUACCUGCGGGCAUCCGCGAGUGCGGGCUGUUGGCUCGACAAUGAGAUCGACCAUGAAUGGGCAGCUUCACUAGAGUCGCUGAGCGAUGCAGAACGCAGCGUCGCGUCUGCCGCACGAUGGUGGCGUGAGUCAUUACAGAGCGGUCGGUGCAAACGCCUGUUGCAAGAUUUGCGGGUUUAUUUGCUCUGCCCAGCUGUCAACGGAGCAUCUAAUGAAUCGCGGGGGAGGACGUGUGCCUCAUGGAUGGUCGCUGUUGCUUCCAAUGCGCGCGCCGUUGCUGCCAUUGUUCGGGCUACCGGUGCCGAGCUCUGCGGCGUCGGGUCAACCUGCACAGCGUCUGAUCACUCGAUCGAUGUCGUUGUCGAAGUGUACAGCGAGAAUGGGCAAAACAGAAUUCCACCAAAUACCAGUUGCCUUGAGAUGCAACAAGGCCGAUGGCUUAGCGCUCUGGAUAUUGUAGUGGGCCUCAUUGGCUGCGCUGACGAGCAGCUUCGCUUUGCUCAAUUGCGAACGACUCGAAACAUCCCAGGUUCGGAGAGUCAUCAUGCUACAAAUAGUUGCAGAUUCGGCUCUUCUGGCGGUGAGAAUUCCACGUGCGUAUCCGCGCUGGCAUGGACGGAGACGGCGACUUCCACGAAGAACGAGGCGGUUCCGUCCAGUGACCCGUCGCCGUCUGCGGGUCGCCUGCGACAAAGUCCGGGUGAGCGGCAGGAAUUGUCGGAUGCGCCAGCGCCGGCGACCGUGCUUGCGGCUCAACGCGCUGAAUGCCUCCAGCAGCGACCAAGCGGAGCGUUAUCCGGCACGCUAUCUCCAGAUGGGAGCGUGCUCGAGUCAGCUUGCCAUGAUGAUGAUGCACUGGGAGAGGUACGGCACGGGGUCGGUGCACAGAGGCUCCCUUCAAACUCAUUACUUUCGCAAGACGAGACGCAUGCUGUCACUCUGAAGCAUCCCGACACAACUGGCAACACCGGAAUUUUUACAUCAUAUGGCUCGACGCCCGUUGCUUCCAGCAACAACAGCAGCAGCGGCAGCUCUACCCGAUCCGCUCGAAUCGUGGCGACAAAAUUCGCCGCGGCUCACGCUCUAGGUGAGUCAGAAUCCCGAAGUAGCGGCGAGAUUGCGCUGUUGCCUGCAGCAGAUUCUGGGACUCUCACGGCACUCGAGGACGAGGCCCCCCUCGAGCAGCUGUCUGGCAUUCGCCGGGACGGGAUCACUCGGCAAGACCCAGACAACUCAUGCAGCGCGUCGUUCACACGAGUCCUGGGUACGCUCAGCGAAGACAACCGCUCCUGCGCGCCGCUGAGCGACCACUCUCCGAGCGGGUCUAUUGAGAACGCUUGCUGGCCACCGUACCGUCAGACUCCAGAUGAUGCAGCUGCAGACGGGUCGGCAAGUCCCUUUGAUGAGUUCGAUCUCAAAGGCCUUUGGCAAGCGCGCGAACGAGCCACGGCUGCUUUGCCGGCGCACGGUACGCGGACGCUGUCGCCACGUAAGCGCCAACGUAUUCAUCAAUCGAUAGAAACGCACGACGGCACUUCACGCUGCACCACCAGAAGGGUUUUAUUCGGCUCGAUAGCGUCCCCGACGACGCCAGAGGGAGUGGCAUCUCAUUCAGUCGAAGCGCAGACAGCGGGAGCGUCUUCGCACCGGGCGCUUCCAGAGUCUCGAGCGCGCGUCGAAACUCGAGUGGAAUCGCCCGAACGAAUUCCUGUGGACAGCAAAGCGUCUCCGCGAUCCUCGCUAGACUGUGAUGAUGUCUCCACAAGUUCCAGUCCGAUGAUGGCAAGUGUCUGCGGCAAGCGCAUCAAGCAUGAGCCAUGUUCAUGGCCAGAAACGCGCUCCCCUGGGACCACUCCAAAGACGGAUACUCGCGUAACUGGCGCUUCCACCGCAACGAAAUUGGAGACGGGUUCGAUUUCCUCACCGGAUGCCAAGUUCGGAACGUAUGGCUCAACAGCGUGGGAUGCGGUGCAACCGCUGCCCCGAACACACCUGGAGAAGAGAGUCUCGCCAGGGCCGCCACGGCGCCAAGCGCCCGCCCUGAGCCCGAAGUUCCACGUUGCAGCCUCUGAUGCUCCAAGUGUCCUGAAUCUUUCCCAUUUGCUAGACCUGAUCCAGGAAUUCGAGAGCGCCGUUCAGCGUGAUACGAACGAAUGGCGACGUGCAGUUCUGACGCUUGGGUAUUCACGAGCGACAAAAGCUCCGCUGUUUCUCCGGGUGGCGGCGCGGAACUUGCGCCGUCUUCGCUUGUUGAUGGAGUCGGGUUGUGUGCGGGUGCCCAUGUCGUACGGCAGACGACUGUGGUAUGACAGCGGCGCUACAGACGCGCAUCGACUGCAGGCAGCAUCGUGGCUCUCGUUUGAUGAUGCAGCAUGGUGCUUGCGUCGCUCGUCGCUGUUGCCGCCCAGGGAUAUGGGGCAAUUCCGGGAGCGUCUCGUGCAGAGUGCCCGCAUCCGGGCUCGCGGGCGCAGCGAGCUUCACCGCCUUGAACCUGUUCAGGCGAUUGUCGGACUCGCUCGCGUUCCGCAUCGACAACUAUUGCGUCUGGCUCCGGAUGCGCAACGACGCGUGCACACCCUGCGCCGCGUUGUGAGUCGCCAGUGGACUCGUGAGGCCGUUGCCUCCUGGUCAGAAGCGGCCCUCAAAGCGUGGCGAGAUCGCCACGAGAACGCAAAUGCCUACUACUACCGGCAUACCGAUCCUGGUGAAUUUGAGGGCGAGGAGACGCAGUCGCUCCACACGUGGACGCCUGCGGAACGGCGCCUAUUUUUCGCUGAACUAGAUCGCUGGCGUGCCAACCAAUGGCGCCUAGGCACCUGCUGGGGCAUUUUCAGCAAAGCGAUUCCGUCACGAUGCGGCUACCAGUGUUCCAAUUUUUACCGGGCAUGUAUCCGCAGCGGCGAGAUCCACGAUCCAACGUACGGCUUCAAUGCCCGAGGAGAGCUGAAGCGACUUUAUCCGGAGCGCGAGGACCCGAACACGCGCGCUCCGCCUGACGCGCUGAAUUGUCUCAGCGAGGUCUGGCAGUGGCCCGAGAUCCAGUCCAUGGAGCGGCAAGUCGAUACGUGGAUUCGGGAACUGCAUCCGAGCCUGGCUCUGAAUGCAAAUUGGUAUCGACAGCAGCGCCCUGCAGGCGAACCGCAACGACGCAACGUGCGCGCUGCCUCUGGUGGACAGCGACAGGCGCGCAGUAUUCGCCGCUCACUGCCAGCGACACACAUCGACCUGCUUGGGUCGUACCCCGACGCAUACAUCACCACAACUGAUGCAGCAUACGAAGAAGCGGAUGUGCGGCAUCGACGCGAACGCAGACUCGCGUAUCGUUCCGCCUCCGUCGCCUCGACAGGAUGCUGUGUGGUCGCACCUGCACCUGAUCAGCGACGCCUUGAGUCGCGCACUGGCAGCCGCCAAACUUUGCGUUCUCGAUCGCAAGCGGAAACGCCCGAACUGGCCUUUGUUGAGGUCGACGGAGGCGCGCUGAUGGAAGUGAUGCAAGCGCCCGCCGCAGACCCAGUGGCUGUACCGCAGCGGCGCCGUCUUCGACGUCUCGCCUCACCAGAAUCCGACCUUGUUGACCAGGAUGCAUUUGGAGUCGAUGACGCGCGCUGUCCUACUGUGGCAUCUCCAGAGAGCCAUAAUGCAACAGCGAUGCGGUAUCAGCAGCGCCCGAAUCGUAUCGUUCUUGAGGCAGAGCAUGCUGGCACCUCGCUGGGUGCACCAUCAGGCCAGAGAAGCGACCGCUGCAAUGCAAACCUCGACAAGGUUGCUAUUGGUGUCGUUCGCUCCAUGCGCUCUAUGACUGCCCGCAGGCAGCGACUAGAAAGCAUUCUGGAACGGAUUCGGGCAGGCAAGGCGUCCACGCGGGGACCAGCACCUGCGCCGGUGCAUUCGCUGUUGCAGGCGUCCAUGUCAGAUGGCAAAGAAGCGUCCUUGUCGGGCAGCACUUCACCAGUGCAUGAAGCUCCCGACUGGCGCGUACAGCGCCUGCGUCACCUGGUUGGGGCAGCUGAUCAGCCUCAGCGCACCGCGCUACUCCCAGCGUUGGAGGCAUCUUCUGGAGCGGUCGGCGGAACAUCGCAGAGGUUACCGGCACCGUUGGCGACAGCAGAGGGGCAUUCUGGCCGCAAACGCCGCCAACCACAACGACUACUCAUUGCUGGACAGACGGCGGCGACGACGACGACGACAGGAGCAGCAGCAGCAGCAGCAGCAGCGAUGAACGCAUCUGGUGCAAUAGUGCCGCCGAUGGAAACGGAGACCCGCUCUGCACAGAGGUCAGCAGUCGCACAGCAUUGUUACACGGAACAGAUUGUACAAGAGACAGGAAACGACUUGCCGGGUGAUGAAGGCGACGCUGCGCAUCAGCGUACAAGUCGAUUCUGGGCGCACCAGCAUCAGCAGCGUUCACCCGCGAGCAUCGUACCUGCGUUCAGAGCCAGUAAGCAACAGACACGCCUCCCGGAAUGGCGUCCGCAGACGCUUUCGGACCAUUUGUUGCGACUUUGUCGAUUGCUGGACUUGUCGUCGUCGUCGUCGUCGUCGUUAUCGAAUGCGUGGUGCGAUAAUGCGCUCGGGCUUCCACCAGCCGGGGUGCCGCUCGAACGGGCGACACUCGCGCACCCCGAGUGCUUCGACGCUGGCAGAUCACACCCUCUACCGCUGAUUGUCGCGGAACGUUCGACUGUGACGGCAGCAGGGACGCGCUCGCAGGCUACAGAUUCGUGGAAUGCUGCUGACGCUUUUAUUGACGGCUUGGACGGUGUGGAUGCGUCGUCGUCGUUGUUGCAGCAGGACAGCGCGCCGCCAGCAACCGCUACAGACGCAGCUGGACGCAGCCGGUAUGCUGGCGAUAACCCAGACUCUAGCUUCUACGCAGCCUGGAGUGGCUACUUGAAUCAAAUGUUGCAGAGAAUCCUUCAACGGCGCUGCGGGGAUGCUCCUGCAGAUCCGCAUGCGGAAACGAAUGUGAGCGGUGCGUGGAACGCGCACGACGAGCAUGCUUCUGGAACCGGUGCGUCGCAAGCGUGGAGCUGUUCGCUUUCGACACGCGACACGAGCUGCCAGUUCACGCUCUGGCCGAUGUUGCAAACGCUGUUGGAACGGCUGGCGAACGACGUGGUGCUCUUGUACACGGACGCGGACCCAGUGCUAGGACAGUGGCUGCGACAAUCGGGUUCUCGCUUCGCCGAUGGUCAAGAGGGAGCGGAGCCCGCUCUCCCGCACCUCAUACAGCUGGUGAUGCGAUUGACGGCGCUGCAUGCCGACACGCAAGUCGUUGUGGCGGCGCAUUCGCUGGCGACGUGUGUGCACGAGGCGCUCGACGGCACCAGUGCCUCGUCGUCGGGAAUAUGUUGCGCGCGAGACGCCCUGUGGAUAGCCGUCGCUGUUGGUCUUGAGCGAGCAUCGGCAGCGCAUGUUCGUCUCCCGACGUUACCGUUGACGAUUCCGCAAACGAUACCGGUAACCGCUGCAAACGCGGCGGAAAGCGUGAAUGAGCAAGCAAAUGCCCAGCAGCAGCUACGUUCGGCACUACGUCUUUUCUGCUGGCACCUGCUUUGUAGCGAAGCGCUUCAUUGUGCGCCCGUGUUGCUGACAAGUCCGAUGUGCUGGCGCCUUGGAGCAUCGGCGCUGGCCGAAAGCCUCCAAGGAUGGCGGACACUGCGUCAGGAAUGCACGUCGUCGUCGUCGUCGUCGUCGUCGUCGGGGUCAGCAACGUUGACGAUGCCUGCGUUGGCGGCGCUUCUCGCACGCUGGCAUGAGCGGGUGCUUGCGUGCUGCACCCGACACUGGCGCCAGGUUGUGAAUGCGGCAUGUACGCAUCAUACUGGCGGCUUCUCGUUGGACACCUGUGCUCCGCUGCUGGAGCAGGCGCUUCACCUCGGCGCUGAGGCCGCGACCUGGAUCGCUUUUCCGCUAGCAACCACCACGAACGCUGAAACAACACUAGGACAUGCUGCUCAGCGUCGGCUUGGUCGUCAUGAUUGGCGUCUGCAGGCACAGGCGCUGGACGAAUGGGCCACGGAGCUGAUGCGACCGUUCAGUCCCGAAAGUGACGCGCUUGGCUGCACGGUGCUGCGUCCUGCUGCUGCUGCUGCUGCUGCUGCUGCCGCCGCCGCCGAUUAUGAUGGUAAUCAUAACGACGGUCAUGAUGAUCACGGUACACCCGCAUCGCUCCAAAAUAUCUGCAAUGUUGACUCGUCAACCGCUGUAGUUGCCCUGGCGGGCGUACCCAAUGCAUGGCAUUCGAAUACGCUGGGUGCGCCGUUUUCGCAGCCGUCCACAUCAGUCGACGGAUUCUAUGUCCAGGGCGCUGCGGCGCUGAGCGCACCUGUCACUCUUGGCGCGUUAUUUGGCGUGCUACGCUCUGCUCUGGAGAUGUUGGCCGUCUGGAGAACAAGCUGCUGGCAGCGUUUCAUCACCAAUGCAUCGAGUCCGGUGGCAGCAUGCAGCGUGGUGGUGGACGACGCGAACGCCACCCAUGCUGGAGCGCGCUUGCUAGCCAGCACACUCGAACGACGCUGGCUGCAGUUGCUACGCGCGUCGUUGGCACGUCUCUGGCAGGUCAGCGGGCCCGCAGACGACACAGCAGGCGAUGGUGUCUGCCACUGGAUCGACCGUAGCUACGGCCCAUAUGUGUUCUACCUGUACGGGACAGCGCUGCUGGCGCAGAUGCUCCCUGAUCCAGAACGGCAGGCACUCUACAGACAGGUGCGGCAUCGCUGCCCUAACUGGAUACUGCCGACGCUCCUGCGUCUACACGGGGCGUUUAUGAUAUGGUGCUGCACUCGUGUGCGAUUCCUCGAGACGUCGCAGCAUGCGGCAUCAUCUGCAAACGAAACGGCGAUGGCGUCUCCAGGCAGUGCAACGCCGCCGCUGCUGCUGCUGCUGCUGCAUGGACUUGUCCAUGUGCAUGCGACGGAAUGGGUGACGCUUUCGCAGCAAUUGCUGCGCUGGCUGGAGACGGCUGGUGCGGCACCAGCCGGAUUGCUUCCGUCAGCGGGUAUGGCGUAUGCAUCGGAACGCGCGCCCCUGCCGGCAGUCUUGGCGCAACGCGUCCUUGCGCAGCGGCUCGAGACCAACCGCGUGAUGCUUGGACAGAUUCCAGCGCUCGAUCAUGUGACCGCAUGGGUCGAGCGUUGCGUGGCAAGCAGCAGCAACAGCAGCAGCAGCAGCAGCAACAGCCGCACGAACAACACCAUCCCGAGUGUCGGCAAAUGUGCGAUUGGCGCGUCCACUUGGACGUGCUGGGAGACGCUGUGGCAAGCGCUGCCUUGGUACUGGACAUGGCUGACGCGAGUCUUGGAAAACGCUGCGCUUGGGAGCAGCGGAUCGACUGCGCCCAGCACGCGGUACGCGAUCACGCCUGCACUAAGCAUGGUCACCAGCGGUGUCGUUGUACGCGUCGCCCGUUUCAUUCAAGUGGUACUGGCGAGUGCGCUGCUCGAGCUGACGCCCUGUGCAGAGAGCGCAGGCGCCCAGUCGGAUGAUGCGCGGGAUCCACCGCGUGACCCAGACGCAUGGAUAUGGGCACCAGAAAUGACGGCAACGACAACGGUCGACUGGUGGGCAGCACACACCCAGCGCGCACUGCUGUUACACGCGAUUGGCCCGUCGAGUGAGCGCCUCGCCGCGUUUCUCGAGCUGGUGCUUCCGCAAAACCAGUCUGGUGCUGCUGGUAACUCGACUGGUCUGCUCUGGUUUGUUCCAGCGUCACUGCAGGAGGCACACGCGCACCUCGUUGCCGAUAUGGUGCGUCUCUUGCAUCAGGUCGAAGGCGCUGCGACGGUCCAUCGUUUCUUGACGCGGCUGACGCCUCUCCUUGGAGGACGCUCUGAAUACCUGGAAAGCUGGACGGGCAUUCGGGCCUGUCAACGGCGUUGGUCGAUCGGAUUUCUCACUCGACUGGUGUUUUUGGCGAAACUGCAAGAGCCGGUACGCAUACCUGGCAACGUGCACGCUCCCAGAGGCGUAUCAGCGUCCGAAAUCCACUGCUGCGGCAGCGACGAAUGCAGCGAGACUGCUGACGCUUACGGAGCGCUGGGCGAGUCGUCGGCAAACGCUCUGUGUAGCGACCAGGAGGCAGCACUGCGACUGGCGGCCGCGUUGCAGCAUCUUCUGACACAGACGCUGCUGCAUGGACUGGUAGCCUCGCCGCUGCUUUGGGCCUCGGAACAGGCCGGCGCUCGUGAACGACCGGCCAGUCGCCUAUGGUCGAGCAUGGAGCCGCUUGUGCGCGCCCUUUGCCAGAGCGGCGAUGUUGAAGACGAGGAUGCAGGAGCAGCAGCAGCAGCAGCAAUGCCGUCGUGGCCGCUCUUUCUGGCGCGGUAUGCAGCACGCUUCUGCAACGGGCUGGUGCGGCAUCCAGCGACAAGCGUAGCAACAUCGACAACAAUAGCGGCUGCAGCACCGCUGACGCAUGUGCGGCACCUCUGGCUACCGUUGCUGGCGCGUUUGCGGCAGCUGGUGCCUACAGCUUCGGCUGCGACGGUUAACAGCGAAACAAGCUGGCGCCGGCACCAGGUGUCGACGCUGCUGGCCAAGCUGGUAGACGAGCUGGAGGCGCUGCUGACAAGUGCGCUCGCCUGGAAUCAUAUGUGGUUGCAGGGGCGGCGUGCGGCAGUCACGGGUGAUGAAACACCUGCUCUGUCGCGAGCUGCUCUGCAACUGUUCCAGUACCUCGUGGAGUUUGCUGGUAUUCUUUUGGUGUUGUGUGCGCGCCUUUUGCGGGUACCAGGGCGCGCUCCGUUCUGGUCGCGAGUGAUUCGUCUUGGUCGUCGAGCGCUGGAGGAGUACGCAAACAUCGUUGCUGGUCAACGGCGGCAACUGCUACAGACAGAAACGUCCUAUGCGCCUGGUAGGUCGCGUUCCCUGGAACACUUGCGUUGUGUCUGGAUCGCUACGGUAUUGCGAGGUCUCGCCCAGAUGGAUCUAGUGCCUAACGAUAGCUACUAUGCGAGUUUUCGGCGACACUUGAUUGCGGCAAGCCUCGCCCAGGAUGCCCUGGAUGCGCUUGUACUGGGUCUAUGGCCUGGUUUGUCACCGACUUUGUUGCAGCAGCCGGUCGGCGAGAGCACGGCUGCCAGGUCCGAACGACCAGCGGUUGGUGCUUGUGUUCGCGAGUCGGAUGCCGCUGCUGAGGCGACUGCGUUGCUCGCCCUGCUCGAUUGGUACUGUCGACCGGAGACGCUGUUCCCUGCAGGCACUGCUGCUCUGCAGCGACUGGAACGUUUUCAACAGGAGUGGCUAAGCGAUCUGUGCAGCCGGUGCCUAGCCCAGGCGCAGUCCGAGCGUUGUGUGAACCUGUUGCAGCGCUGGCUCCAAGGUCGGCUUUUGACGUGUACCCGUCAGUCGUGCUUGUCGCAUCUCAGCGGUGCUGUGUAUUACGCAACGAUGGCGAGAACGCUUGCCGUUGCCUGGUGGUCCGGUUGCAUGCGCCACGUUGCUGUGCGUCUGAAUCACGCAGGUUCACCAUCGAUGACGACGACGACGACGACGACGCCAGAACAGCAACAACAACAACAACAACACAGGGCGGCGUUGCGCCCUGCAGACCGAGUGGCGACGGAAGUGAUCAGCGACCAGUGCUCGGGCCGACGAUUUGCACAGCGUUUUCGCAACAGCGUCGACUUGGCUGCUGCUCUAAUGGAGUGGCUCGCGGCAAGCACCCGAGUGGAUGCCCCCGCUCAAGCGACAUGCGAGGAGACGUUGGCAUUGCUGCUGGAAGCGCUAGCUGCACAUGUCAGUGCCGGUUCAUGUCCACAUUGCGGUGACGAUCCAAGUCCGGCAUCGAUAUCGUCUGACGAGCGCGUGCAGUUGCUACGUCGUCGACUGGCGGAACAGCGAGCACGCUCUGCCUGCGCAGCGGUACACGCGGUAUGGACGGAUCAUCUGGAGCGACUCGCUCGCAAGGAAGCGAUGGACGCCAAGUUGUUUACCCAUCCUAGUUGUUGUCGAAACUGGCUGGUGAUACAAGUCAAUGACGUAGUGGAGAGAGCGGCUUGCUGGCGUCGGCGACCCGGUGAUAUCUGGCGGACCGCUGGACCUAGCGUCUUCGAUGGAAUGAAAGACGCUACGACGACGACGAGGACGCCACCGCCAUGGUUGUGCUGGUCUGUACCUGAACGCUAA